CCACAAAAAACAAUGGACGACCUCCUCGCCCGCCACCGCAAAGAACAGCGCGACCUGCAGUCCCGCAUCACCCAGAAGAAGAAACAAGCCACCAAGAAGACGCGCAAGGGCGUAAACGACGAGUGCGCGACGCUGGAGCGCGAGCUCAAGGAGCGGCAGGCGCUGGAAGUCGCUGCACUCGCUGGGGACAAUGGCGAUGAUGGCGAGGACGACGGCGACAACGGCGACGACACAGCAGCAGCAGCAGCAGACGGCGCCCCCACCACCGCCGCCGCCGCCGAGGACGAGGACAACACCACCACCCCCGACGCACCACCCACACCCACCAACCCCUCCGCACCAGCACAGCGCAAGCCCAACAGACAAAGAGCGCGCCUAGCCCGCCGCGCCGCCGAAGCCGAAGCCGCCGCGCAGGAAGCCGCGCAAGAAGCGCAGAGCAUGCCCGACCAACGCAAAGCCGAGCGCUCUGCGCUACUGGCGCAAUUCGCGGCCCGCGGCCUGCGCGAGCACGUCGUCCGCGCCGACGGGCACUGCCUGUACAGCGCGGUGGCGGACCAGCUGGGGAGUGUGGAGCUGGGGCUUGCGCCUAGGGUUACGAUUGCAAACGGCACUGCUAGCGAGGACGAGGGCAAAGGCGAAGAAGACUACAAAACCGUCCGCCGCGUCGCCGCCGCGUACAUAUCCGCGCACAGCGACGACUUCGCUCCCUUCCUAGAAGAGCCACUAGACGCGUACGUGGCCAAAGUGCGCGAGACGGGCGAGUGGGGCGGCCAUAUGGAGUUGAUGGCGCUGGCGCGGUCGUACAAUCUGCCCAUCAAGGUGCUGCAUGCCGAUGGGCGGGUCGAUGUUAUUGAUCCUGUUGUUGAGGGCGGGGAGGGAGGUGCUGUGGGUGUGGAGGAGGGGAAGGAUGGGGACGAGGCGAAGGAGCUCUGGCUCGCGUAUUAUAAGCAUGGGUUUGGGCUGGGGGAGCACUACAACUCGCUGCGGAAGGCGGGGAAGAAGACGACGACAGAGGAGGCGACGGCGUGA